GUGCGUGCGGGUGAUAGUCUCGUGUAGUAAUAGAAAGAGCAGUGACAUGUUGCGUCUUCGUUGAAAGCGGUCAGGCUCUAAACGACUCUUCAAAAGUGUUGGUUGCCGCUAGCCCGGCUGCUCGGCUAGCGUUAGCUGUCUGGCUAACUUUCGGCCGGUUUGCUCGCUAUCCACAGCUGAUUAGAAAAACGCUUGUUUAUGACGAAGACAGCGGCCACACAAGUUACAGUUAUAUGGUUGGCUGUUAAUAUUAGCAUUAAUAUGCAAAACGUAGUCGUAAACAUUGCGAUGUUACACGUCGGAGCGACAGAACUGUAAUAUUUGAGAGGUAGGGAAGUUGUUACAAGUACAGAAUGGGACACCUCCAACCACCAACUACAAUGGGGUAGAUGCGGUUCAUGCCUGUAACAUCCUUCAGCAGCUCAAAGCCUUGUACGACGAAGCACAGCUCACGGACAUCGUCGUAGAAGUGGACCAUGGCAAGACUUUCUCGUGUCACCGAAAUGUCCUUGCAGCAAUCAGUCCAUAUUUUAGGUCCAUGUUCACCAGCGGCCUUACAGAGAGCAGCCAGCGCGAGGUCAGAAUUGUUGGGGUGGAAUCCGAAUCCAUGCACCUCGUCUUAGACUAUGCCUAUACAUCCAGGGUCACGCUGUCGGAGUCCAAUGUCCAAGCCCUGUUCACUGCAGCAAGCAUUUUCCAGAUUCCUGCCCUUCAAGACCAAUGUGCCCAGUUUAUGAUCAGCCGGUUGGACCCCCAGAACUGUAUUGGGGUCUACAUGUUUGCUGAUGCCUAUGGGCACCAGGAGCUGAGGGAACGCUCACAAGACUACAUUCGUAAGAAGUUCUUGUGUGUGUCAUGGGAGCAAGAGUUCCUCCAGAUGACCAAGGAGCAGCUGGUCAGUAUUUUGAACAACGAUGACCUCAACGUGGAGAAGGAAGAGCAUGUUUAUGAGAGCAUUGUUCGCUGGCUGGAGCAUGAUCUGAAUGGCCGUGAGGCCUACCUAGCUGAGGUCUUUUCACAAUGCAUCCGUCUGCCCCUGCUGGAAGAGGCCUUUCUCAGUCGAAUACCUGCUCCCUUCGCUUGUGCCCUGUCUCUUUCUAAAGACCCUGCUGAGGCCAAAGCUCGCCUCACUGGCACCAAUGGCUGCCCGCAGCGCCUGGGAAUGACUGCUUCCGAGAUGAUCAUCUGCUUUGAUGCCGCUCACAAACACUCAGGGAAGAAGCAGACGGUGCCUUGCCUUGACACAGCCACAGGAAGGGUUUUCAAGCUGUGCAAACCACCCAAUGAUCUCCGGGAGGUCGGUAUCUUGGUCUCUUCAGAGAAUGACAUCUACAUUGCCGGCGGCUAUCGUCCAAGCAACAGUGAGGUGUGCAUAGACCAUCGAGCAGAGAGUGACUUUUGGCAGUACGAACACGCAGGCAACCGAUGGCUUCCACGUGCACCUCUGCUGAGAGCUAGGAUAGGCUGCAGGCUUGUGCACUGCUGCGGGAAGCUUUAUGCACUAGGAGGCCGCGUUUACGAGGGCGACGGUAGAAAUGCAUUAAAAUCAGUAGAGUGCUAUGAUGCCAGGGACAACUGUUGGACAGCAGUGAGCCCUAUGCCUGUGGCCAUGGAGUUUCACAGUGCUGUGGAGUACAAAGAUCGCAUCUAUGUCCUUCAAGGUGAAUAUUUCUUCUGCUUUGAUCCCCGUAAGGAUUACUGGAGUCAUCUGGCCCCAAUGAGUGUUCCCCGAAGCCAGGGUCUGGCUGCCUUGUACAAAAACUGCAUUUACUAUAUUGCUGGUAUCUGCAGGAACCACCAGCGCACCUUCACCGUCGAGGUGUACGACAUCGAGAAAAACACAUGGAGCCGCAAGAGAGAUCUGCCCUUUGACCAAGCCACAAGCCCGUACAUCAAGGCCAUGCUGCUGCAAGGCAAGCUCCACCUGUUCGUACGAGCCACACAGGUCAUGGUGGAGGAGCACGUGUUUCGCACCAGCCGUAAGAACUCGCUGUACCAGUACGAUGAUGAGGCAGAUGCUUGGACCAAAGUGUACGAGACACCUGACCGCCUCUGGGAUCUAGGUCGCCAUUUUGAAUGUGUGGUGGCCAAACUUUACCCACAGUGUCUACAGAAAGUGCUUUGAGGUAGUUUGUUUUGUGAACUCAAUCUGUGAGGCAGACGGUGUAGAGUGGUCCUGCCUGCCUUGUGCCUGGUGCUACCUUGGGUUUGCACCACAAGGACAAUUAAUUUUUUGUUAAGUCUUAAGUCAUUCAAACUUUGGUUUGGGGGUGCUUUUAAAGAUUGCAGUAUUUUUGUUCCUAGAGAGCACUAACUACCCACACUGAUGCUUGUUUAACAAAACCAUACAAUGAAUCAUAAGUGCAAUUAUCCUAUAUAUUUUUUUUUGCUUGUUGUUGAGCCAUUUCCUAUUUUUGUUUUUCGAUACAUAUAUAGGCAAUGAUUUUUACAAAUGAUAAGCAUGCAGAGGGUACUGGUAGGAUAAACAUGCCCUUUGAUGAUGUGGAUGCUACAAAGUGAAAAUAUAUAUAUAUAUAUAUAUAUAAAUAACUAUAUAAACUAUAUAUUCAUACGGGUAAGGUGAGUAAAUUAGCUCAUUAGUAGGUUGCUGGCUCCUGAGGUCUGCGUGUGUGCUGUUUUGUUUCCUAACCUCUCUUUAGCCUCUAUAGAUGACUUUUAAUUUCAAGUGUGUUUGUGAUUUCUAUUACUCUAUUAUUGUUUUUUGAAGCUCGUAUGGUAGUUGUUUUUUUUUUUUGUUUUUUUUUAAGGUCCUCUCUUCCAUCACAAACGUCAUUUUGUCAAACACUUCCAAGCUACUACGUUUUUGUUUUUUCUUCUUCCCUAUUUGCAUGGGGGCUCAUAUUUCCCACUCUCAGAGUAGGCAUCCAUUUUGUGUCGCAUGCAGAUACAACUUUAAGUGAAAUGCUCUCUCUCCACAUUGGAGAAACAAGGGCAGAGUCAGAUUGAUGGCAACACUAAGUGGAAAGUGCAGACCAACGAACAGGCUUACCUCAGAUGCUUCAGAGACGAGUAGGAGAAAAGGGACAUUGGAGGCCAUUGCGUUGAUAAAGCAGUUGUAUGAAAGGGCGCAGUUCAGCAUUGAACGCUGAUGUUGUUUCCAUAUUUAAUUAUAACAUCUGAAAACGAGGUUCAGCCUUUCUCUUAAAUGCCAAAAAUGUUUGAGGGCUUGUUAUAGUUGAUCUGGGCAUCGAAAAGAACGUUGUGGUAGCAAUAAUUCAUGGAACUGUGAUUAGGCUGUGUUGCAUUAGAUGUACCUAUUAGAAAAUGCAUUAUUUUUUUGUGUUUGUAGCAAGUCACAUUGGGUUCCAGUAAUCAAUGUUUGGCUGUUGCAUAGGCACAUGCUUGAAGUGAUGUGAUUUAAUGCUGACCAUGUGUGGUGACAACUGGGACAUUGGAAUCAGAAACUGUGGCUCCUGAUGAUGAAGAAAAUCUAAAAAGUCUUACUCAGCAUUGCACUGAAUCACUCCUCACUUAAGCUGGUCCUUAACUGCAACCUUUACGAAGCACCCUCCUUCAACAGGCAGAAUAGGAGCGAGCGAGGACCGCCGGGCUGUGGGCGAACUCGCCUCACGGCCGCCACGGAGGGCACGGCUGUCGGUGCUGGUCUCUCUUUUCCUUUUGUAUGUUUUCAGGACAAUCUUGUACAGAUGAAGUGGUGCCGCCACUGAGUGGUGUUCCCUGUCAAAGUGUGAUGUUUUCAGUGCCGUCAAAUUCCUCACGCAGGUUCCUGUGUCAUCUUUGCACUACACAUUUCCCGUGUACUUUUUCUUAAUGAGGGCCCCUCCAUUAUGGAAUUAAAAAAAAUAAAUCCUAUAGCAAUCAUCUGAGAGAUUUACAGGACGAGCAAAGCCACAAGUUUUAUUCAGUGAGGACUGGACGAUCCGCUGUUGUCUCGCUCUGAACUGAUUUUGUUUUUUUAAAUAAUGCACCUGGUUUGAACGUUGUGAGAAGGUUUGAGCGUCAUCCUCAUGUCUACAGACGGCCAUUUGAGAACCAGGAACGGAGAACUCUCAGGAUUUCUACUGAUACACAGUACUGUAUUUAAAUGUUUUUGUUAAGUGUAAUAUACUGUACUAUAGGUUUGCUGUACUUGCACAGUUUUUAAAACUU